CGGGCGGGCAGCGGCUUCCUUCCCCGGCGGCGGGGGGGAUGCGCGGGCGGCGGAGGCGGCGGGGCGGUUGUGGGUGCCGGUGCCGUUGCCGGGGGGGUGGCGGCCGGGCACCAUGCUGAGCCGCAGCUCGCUGAGCGGGCUGGCGGUGGGGCUGUUCGCCCUCUACGUGGCGCACACGGGCUGGGUCAUGUACGGCAUCGUCUACACGCGGCCCUGCCCGGCCGCGGGGGCCGCCGCCGCCGCACACCCCGCAUGCGUCUGGCCCUACCUGGCGCGGCGGCCCAAGCUGCAGCUAAGCGUCUACACUACCACACGGUCGAACAUCGGAGCUGAGAGCAACGUAGACCUGGUUUUGAACGUGGAGGAUUUUGAUGUCGAGUCUAAAUUCGAAAGGACAGUGAAUGUCUCUGUACCAAAGAAGACUCGAAAUAACGGCACGUUAUAUGCAUAUAUAUUUCUUCAUCAUGCUGGCGUUUUGCCUUGGCACGAUGGUAAGCAGGUGCAUAUAGUAAGCCCUCUGACCACAUACAUGGUCCCUAAACCAGAAGAGGUUAAUUUGCUCACGGGAGAAUCAACCACACAGCAAAUUGAAGCAGAAAAGCAGACCAGCGCUUUAGAUGAACCCGUCUCUCACUGGAGGUCAAGGUUGACCUUAAAUGUCAUGGUGGAAGAUUUUGUGUUUGAUGGAUCAUCCCUCCCAGCUGAUGUUCACCGUUACAUGAAGAUGGUUCAGUUGGGGAAGACAGUGCAUUACCUUCCAAUAUUAUUUAUUGAUCAGCUAAGCAACAGAGUGAAAGAUUUGAUGGUUAUAAAUCGUUCCACAACGGAGCUACCUCUUACAGUGUCAUAUGACAAAAUAUCUCUUGGAAAACUCCGAUUUUGGAUCCACAUGCAGGAUGCUGUGUACUCCCUCCAACAGUUUGGGUUUUCAGAAAAGGAUGCAGAUGAAGUAAAAGGAAUUUUUGUUGAUACUAACCUCUACUUUCUGGCUUUGACAUUUUUCGUAGCAGCAUUCCAUCUUCUCUUUGAUUUCCUUGCAUUCAAAAAUGACAUCAGUUAUUGGAAGAAGAAGAGGAGCAUGAUUGGGAUGUCUACAAAAGCAGUACUUUGGCGAUGCUUUAGUACUGUAGUAAUAUUUCUUUUCCUUUUGGAUGAACAGACAAGUUUAUUGGUACUGAUCCCAGCAGGCAUUGGUGCCGUGAUUGAGCUCUGGAAAGUGAAGAAGGCUUUGAAAAUGACAGUCAAGUGGCAAGGCAUAUGGCCCAAAAUUCAGUUUGGUACAUACAAUGACUCUGAAAAGAAAACCGAAGAAUAUGAUGCCCAGGCUAUGAAGUACUUGUCAUAUUUGCUCUAUCCACUGUGUAUUGGAGGUGCAGGUUACUCCUUGCUGAAUGUCAAAUACAAAAGCUGGUAUUCCUGGUUGAUUAACAGCUUUGUCAACGGAGUGUAUGCUUUUGGAUUCCUCUUUAUGCUGCCCCAGCUGUUUGUAAACUACAAGAUGAAAUCUGUUGCACACUUACCAUGGAAGGCUUUCACAUACAAAGCAUUCAACACCUUUAUUGAUGAUAUAUUUGCUUUUAUCAUCACAAUGCCAACGUCUCAUAGGCUGGCGUGCUUUAGAGAUGAUGUUGUGUUCCUGGUGUAUCUUUACCAAAGAUGGCUUUAUCCUGUGGAUAAGAGCAGAGUGAAUGAGUAUGGAGAAUCUUAUGAAGAAAAGCCAAAAAAAAAAGCUCAUAGAGAAUAAUUAAGAAUUGAAGAAUAUUCUGACCCCUGGACUCCUACUAGUUACGUGUAUUAUCUGGUCUAAGGAAGGAAAAACUUAUUUAAUAAGAGUAUUUUUAAAGCUUAUGACAGAACUACAUGGACUAUACAUCUUCUAUAUUGCCAAAAUCUAGUUUUGAUAUCCUCCUAUUUGAAGAUCCUGUUUUGUCCUCACAAGGUCCACGGUCUGCCAGAUGUCAUUAGAUAAUCUUCCUGCAUUUAAUCUUCUCUUCAGUAAAAACCUUAAGUGUCUAGACCAUUGUAAUUAAUAUCCAAAUCUGUGUUUUUAAGACAACUUGGUAAGUGGAAGUGUGGUGCCAUGCCACUACGAAAAGUGAAAAAACAAGCCAGUGUGUUGCAGCAGAGUCAAGCAUUACUGCCAAACUGGAAGCUGUCAAAAAUAAAGUGUAUAAUUACUGGACUGUACACUAAUUACAAUUCUUUCUAGUUUGAGAAUGGAAAUCCUUGAGAUUAUUAUAAAAGUUGUAUGUGGACAUUUGAUUGAAGUUCAUAGCUUAAAGAUAAUUUUGUUGGAAAUAAGGAUGAGACAGAUGGGAUUGUUAAAAUUUAAAUUGUGGCCAUGUCCUUAGCCCACAACAUGGCAGAGGGCAUCAGUUGUCUUAAGCAGAAUGAAGAUGUGAAAAAACUAUAACAUAAUUUCUUUCAAUGUGUAUCCAAGUUUAUAUAAGUCCUUCUGCGUUGUUGACAAACCUUAUGAUUUCUUGGCAUAGCAGGUAUUCAUGUAACGCUAAUCAUUAUGUGCUAGGAAAGUCUCUUAACACAUCUUAAAUUCUUCAUGAUGUGGUAUCCCACUGACCUAAUAGGCCAAUUCUUUCAGGCUUCAAGUGGAGUAAUUCCUUGGUCCUUCUCUUCUCUCUCUAUUCUAUUUAUACAAUGAAACACAUCUGGGUGCAAUGGCUUUUCUCAAAUGCAAUACAAGUUCAACAAACUAACUGGAAGCAGAAGAAAAGAGCCUGGUAAAGAACAGAUAUCUUCCUUUCAAACAACUAAAAACCCAUAUUCCAUGAGAACAGCUCAUUAAGGGAGGUAUUUUCAUCUAUUUAUAUCAAAUUAGUCCAAAUAAUCAGUUUGAAGUUGAAUUGUUAAACUAAACUGCACAGAUAUAUCUAGAAACUAUGGCUCUGUUUGUAAAAAGCACUUUUCUUAAUGACAGUGAGUGAAAUAUAUAAUACAUUCCUUUCAACAGCAAAUAAAAUGUGAUUCAAAAAAAAAAAAACAAAAACGAAAGAGAUAUCCAAAAGGCAGGAUUCUAGUUCAUAACUCUAGUUUUGGUUUGGUCAAUAAGUUUGCAGAUUAAUCCUAAUGAUUUUUAAGCUUCUUCAUUAAAUUGCACCCUAUUUGUGCAAGGCUAUAUUUAGCUUCAAUUUGCCAUUGAUUGAAAAUAUUAAUUAAGUAACUUCAAAGAACACAGUUCUAUUCCUGUAGUCUUUAACUACUUUAUGAAGUAGAUUUUAUCCAGUUUUGGUGCUGAAGAAGUCUGAACAUACAAAUACUUGAGUCCCAAAAAGAUAUGGAAAUGCGCCUAACUUCAAGAAGUCCCAGACUAUAGUCUGUCUUAUCCUGAAGUCCUUCUUACUUGCUGCUGGCAAUGGAAGGGAGUCUUGAAGUGAGUAUUUAACUCAUGUUUAUCUUAAGGUCUCUUUACGUCGUUAAUUGUAAAUAAGGAGGACUGUAGAUCUGUUGAUGUUAACAUUAAACAUGCAAUAGUCUAUGCAAAGCUGGGGUUGUAUUUGCUACAUCUUGUAUCUUUUUUGGAUUUGUUUGGAAGAAGGUCUUUGCUGUUAAGCAAAUAAUUCUGGGACUCCUGUUUCAUAAUAGUAAUUAAAUGUGUGAAAAUUUUUCUUGAUACAAAUGAUGCAUAUAGCACAUUCCCUUUUUGUGCCAUUUCAAAACAAUUAAGUCAUCGGCUUUUCUCAAGUGGCUUUUAAAAGUCUAGAAUACCAUAUUCAGGUAUUUCUGAUGUUUCAGCAUUUAUUUUUGUACGUAGCUGUUGAAAAAUCGCUCUUGCAACUUUACGUACAGUGAGUUUAUUGAUCUUCUGUCUUGCAUUUCUGGUGACAAUAAUCUCAGAAUAUUCCAUACAGUAGUCAUAAAGAAUAUAAAAUUUUAAAUUUUUAAAAUGAACGAGACUUUCAUUUUUCACUGUUUUAUGCAUUCCAUUUCCAAAUAAAAGACUUGACAUAUGGAA